GAAACCACCCCUCGCACUAAAAAACACUUCCUGUCGCAGAGUCGUCCUUACUGAGCAGGAAACCUACGCAUACAUUUUGGGUUGUUUUGGGUUGCACUUUGAAUUUUUUUCAUUGAGCUGAAAAGAAGAUCAAUGCUACUGCUGCUGAUUUGGUUGAUAUGGGCACGGGAGGACACUGGUGAGCAAGGCCAAAAGAUUUGCUCCUGAUGAUUUCUCAAGGAAUGGAUGAGGGCCAAAAGUCAGAAAUUGCUGGGAUUGAGUCUACUAAAUCUGCCUUGGAUGAAACUGAAGCUAUGCAGGGAUGUCACUUAUCAGAAUUUUGUGGUGGACCAGGGAUAAGUGAAAAAGACCAGGAAACAAAGCAUGAGAAGGAGGAGGAGGAGUUUGUAUUAUGUCAAGAGCUGGUGGCAAAGGAGUCAGAUUUAACUCUAGACUCAGGAACUGUGUCCCUAGCUUAUGAAGAAGCUGUAAAAGAUUCAGCAGAAGCAUCAGGACAAAGCGAGAUGUGCAAAGCUGUUGAGGAUAUUGUGCUCAGUGAAAAGCAUUUGGGAGACAUCAGUGAGGAUGCAAAUGACCCUGCCAAGAAGGAUUCUACCAUUAAAGGAGCUGCGAGGAACGAAGAUGAUAUGGGCCAAGUCACUAAGGAGGUGGACACGGUUAACUGUGAUAAAACAAAGGCUGGAAUGCCGUCAGAGAAAGAGGCCUCAGAACUAGACAUCAAGGAAAAGAGGAUGGCAGAUAGUGAUGCAGAGGAAGUGACGAAGAAAACAGUGAGCCAUAAUUUGAUUGGCACUGAAGUGGCUGAAAUGGAAGAAAAAGUGGGAUUAGAAGAUCUGUCCAAUGUCACUACCAAUGAUGAAAUCUCCUGUAAUCUUGCAACAGAGGAGAAAUCAGCAGGAUUGGACCUUCUUAAAGCCCCAGGGAAAUCUCUCAGCUCCAGCGGCUCUUUCAAGGCCCACAGACUGACCCCAGAUUUUCCAGAUGCACUCAUUGACCUGCUGGUCCAGUUUCAAAGCCGUCGACUGAAUGACCAGCGCUGCUCAUUCCGGAGGGAGCGAGAUGAGAUGCGUAAAAGACGCUGCUAUUCUGAGCCUUCCACCCCUCAGGGGUUACAUAAAGUAUUCUUCUCCUCAAUGUCCUCACUCCAGGCUGAGGAAUUCUUUGAGAUGCUAGCCAGCACUCAGGGCCGUCGUCUUGAUGACCAGAGGGCUGAACUCAAAGAGCCUCCUCCUCCACCACCAGCUCAACCCUCAGAGUUCCACCCAAUCAGGAGGAUGAGCCAGUUUAUUUCCAGAGCUUCUGCCAGGAUGAAAGAAGACUCGCCUCUCAUUCCAGUUAAGGAAAAUCUGCCUCCAAAGAAAGACGCAGAUGAAGAGCUUUACAGUAUGAUCCUGUCAUAUCAGGUGCAGGGCCGGAUUGAUGACCAGCGCUCUGUCCCUCCUGGACCUGUGGAUGAUGAGGAUUUCUUCUCACUCUUGCUUCGUGUUCAGGGUGGGAGAAUGGAGGAACAAAGAGUGGAGAUGCCUGCCAGUUUGCUACGGAGAGUCAACUCAACAUAAUUGGACAUCUGCCUCUUCUUUUCUUUCUUCCUUCUUUGUGGCAUUGGCAUUCCAUCCUGAAGCUCUCACUUCUUGCUCCUUCUUCCCAUUUAAGACACACUUACUUCCUCUACAGUGAUCUGAAGCUCAUUGCUUUUGCCUAACUGUAUGCCAAGGCCACAGUAUAUCUUGGGUGAGACUGCAUAGUUGACUGGACACAUUUCUUGCCCAAACUGGUUAUUUGCUAGCCACAUACAGAGUGACUUUGGGAUUUUUUCUGCACAACUCAACUAGUGGAAUGAAAGCUUCUAGCCAUAAAGAUGAGAUGACAGUUUCUUUACAAAACUUGAAGUGUUACUCCUUGCUUGUUGCUUUUAUGUGCUAACGGAUUCAAAUGAUUAUAGCAAAGGUGGACAUGUGGCUCAGAAGGAACAAAAAGAGCUUGCUGCCACAGCUGAGUACUUUAUUGUUGACUUUUGAAAAUUUUGCAGUGUGCUGUUAGCAGUGAGUAUGGCCUUUUUUGUGCACUGCUGGACAUAUGGAUGAUUUCUUGCAGGGUGUAUGAUAGACAGCAGUUAAGACAAUGACUAAACAGUGGAAGGACAGGUGUUUGCAUGAGAGGACCAGUGUGUGUUAGGCUUAAUUUGUUGGGUCUGUUAAUUAAAAAUUUCCAUGUCUAA